UUUUUCUGUUUUCCUUCAGGGCAUUUUAGAAGGCUAUGGAAAAACUUCUGUAGACGUUGUGAUCCCGAAUUCCAAAAUCAAAAAAACCCUCGGAUUUGCAGCGCACACUUCGAGGCUUCAUCCAUCAAAAAGUCGCUUUGCGGAAGAAAAGAAGUUAUUCCAGGUGAAUUACCGAAAUAUUUUAAUCCCUCGACCCACCAAUGUCGUGUUUCUUCCCGUGAAAAGAGACUGGAGGACAGAAAGAGACGUGCUGUUGAUGAAAAAUGUCCUGAACCUCAAAAGAGAAGCCUUACCGAGGAAGACAAAGACAUUUGUUUCUUAAGCGACGAUGCAGCCCUUUUAGAUCACAAUUAUUGCCACCUUCUUCCUAACGACAAAGGAACUCAAACGGACUUUCCUUACGAAGAUCUAGAGGUUUUAACCAGUAAAAUUGACGCUUUAAAACAAGAGAACGCCGAACUUAAAUCAAAGUUAUCAAACAAAAAACAAUUGAAAAGAGAGCUCUUUGUGGAUGAUGUUUUGAAAGAUGACGAGUCUGUCAAAUUUUUUACGGGUAUACCUAGCCUUGCUUGCUUUAUGAUGAUAUUUAAUUUGCUCAAGCCGUUUGCAGAAAAACUUAAGUAUUGGGACAAAAACAAAGAAAAAAAAGUAAGCUAUCAAAAAGAUUCAAGUAAAAAAAAGCCUGGAAAGCAAAGAUUAUUGACCAUUAUGGAGGAAUUUAUCUUAACUUUGGUGAGACUCAGACUUGGGCUUUUAAGCAGACAUCUUACAGAUAUCUUUGGAGUAUCAGAAGGAUCAGUUAGCAAAGUUUUCACAACGUGGAUUUGCUUUUUAUCUACAGUUUUUCGUGACAUUCUUCUUAAAUGGCCUUGUAAGGAAGAAAUUAAGAAAAAGUUGCCAAGUUCUUUUAACAAAUUUCCAAGCACUCGAAUAAUAAUAGAUUGCACAGAGAUAUUUUUGCAAAAGCCAACAUCCCCUAGUGCCCAGAGAGCUACAUGGAGUAACUAUAAACAGCACAAUACCAUGAAAGCACUGGUGGGAAUCACUCCAACAGGUUACUUCUCCUUUGUUUCUAAACUAUGGACUGGAAAUGUCAGUGACAGAUACAUCACAGAAAGAAGUGGUCUACUGGACAAACUUGAAGAGGGGGAUUCUGUUAUGGCCGACAAGGGGUUCAACAUCAGAGAUCUGCUUACAAGAAAGAAAGUUGCACUUAAUAUCCCACCACUU